AUGGCUGGGUUAGUGUACGCAACAGCUAGAGCCUUUGUGCUUGAUGGUUUCAACAAAAAGUUUCUGGAAAUUCAACGAAUUAACCCUAGUUGUGCUACAUAUCUAGUUGACGUUGGUUUCUCUCACUGGACAAAAGUUCACUUUAUGGGCAAGAGGUACAAUAUAAUGGACAACAACAUUGCUGAAUCAUGGAACCAAGUCCUGAAAGAAGCAAGAGAGUAUCCUCUCAUAUACAUGCUAGAGUAUAUUAGAACGAUGGUGAUGGAAUGGUUUACUGUACAAAGAACUAGGGCUGCCCGUUCUUCUUCUGUGAUAGCUCCAAAGUGUCAUGAAAUUAUGGAGGAGAACUUUGAGAGUGCCAUGGCCAUGGCGGUGAGGCCAAUUAGCGACUUUGAGUUCCAAGUUCAGAUAAGGAGUGGUGAAUGUUUUACUGUGAAAUUGGUUGAGGGGAGUUGUUCGUGUAAUGAGUUUCAGUCCUUAAGCAUACCGUGUGCGCAUGUCAUCACUGCAGCCAAUCGACUUGGUGUUUCCAUUGAUACUUUUGUUGACGUCGCCUACUUUGAAGAGACAAUACGCCAUUCUUAUGAGGAGAAUAUUUAUCCUGUCCCAUCGGUUGGUGGCAACUCUACGGUGGGGACAGCUUCCGGAACAAGAGGUGACCUCAACCCACCAUUUACACGUCGUCCACCAGGGAGGCCAAAAAAAAUCAGGAUAUUGUCUCGUGGGGAGUUCAAGGUGAAGCUCUGUUCUCAUUGA